AUGGCUGAUGGGAUGGAUAUUCUUCAAACACUGGUUAUUGACAACGGAACUCGAAUGACCAAGGCUGGCUUUGCUGGGGAUGAUUCUCCGAGGGCUGUUAUCAGAAGUAUAGUUGGAAGUCCUCGUCAUUCCAGAAUGGAACUAAAGAAUACCUAUGUUGGUGAUGAAGCUCUGGUAUUAAGGGGUUUAUUGGUUCUGAAAUAUCCCAUUGCACAGCGCAUUGUAAGAAACUGGGAUGCUAUGGAGAAGCUCUGGCAUCACACAUUUUACAAUGAAUUUGGUGUCGCUCCUGAGGAGCAUCCCAUUCUUCUGACUGAGGCACCAUUUAACCCCAAGGCAAACCGAGAGAAAACGACUCAAAUCAUGUUUGAGACAUUCAAUGUUCCAGCUAUGUAUGUUGCAAGCCAGGCCGUUCUUUCUCUGUUAGCUAAUGGUCGUACAACUGGUGUUGUGCUUGAUUCGGGUUAUUGUGUGACACACGCUGUCCCUGUCUAUGAAGGACAUGUAUUUCCCCAUGCUAUCUCACGGUUAGAUCUUGGUGGUCUUGAUCUUACAUGGUAUCUCGUCAAGUUUGUCACGGAUGGUCUUAAUGUAUUUAAUGGUUGGGAAAGAGAUAUAGAUAUAUUUCGUGAUAUGAAGGAGACGAUUGCUUAUGUUGCACUGGAUUAUGAACAAGAGAUUGAGAAGGCAAAUUUUUUCUCAAAAUCAAUUGAGAAGGGCUAUAAGCUUCCUGAUGGAGAAGUAGUUAAUAUUGGUGCUGAGACAUUCCGUUGCCCUGAAGUCCUCUUUCAACCAUCAUUGGUUGAAAUGGAAGCGACAGGAAUUCAUGACAAAGCCUACAACUCAAUCAUGAGAUGCGAUGAUGAUAUUAGGAAAGAUUUAUUUGCAAACAUUGUGCUUAGUGGUGGCUCAACUAUGUUCCCUGGCAUAGCAGAACGUAUGAGAAAGGAAAUCACUGCACUUGCUCCGAGCCACACGAAAAUCAAGGUGAUUGCACCACCUGAGAGGAAGUAUAGCACCUGGAUAGGAGGAUCAGUUCUAGCCUCCCUCAGUACUUUCCAAAAAAUGUGUAUAGUGAAGGCUGAGUAUGAUGAAAUGGGUCCUUCAAUUAUCAACAGGGUGUGCUUCUAA